UAAAAAUUGAGAAAAUUAUCUGGAAAAGCUGAAUCAAAUUCAUGAAGAAUCAAAACUUUAGUCUUCUCUAAUUAUUAUUCAUCAGAACUUUAAUUAGGUUCCGAAAUAAAUAAAGGAAGUAGGAGUCAGAGUGAUUUCUAUUAAUUAAUAUAGUCACAGGUUUUUUAAUUAAUUAAUUAAUUAAUUUAUAAGUUCAGUUUCAUUCAUUUUUCUACGGGAGAGAGAGAGAGAAACCACAGAGAAAACGACAAUGCCGUUGGUGAGGUUCAAGAUACGGAACGAGCUCAGCUUAGGUGGGCCGGAGCUAAACCGCAGCCCCGCCGUGGAAUAUGAGGAACCUAAAGCGAUUCUCGGCGCUGUUGAAGUUGCGGGACUCGUCGGGAUCCUUCGUCAGCUAGGCGAUCUCGCCGAAUUUUCCGCAGAGGUAUUUAAUGGGAUACAAGAAGAAGUGACUGUUACGGCGUCUAGGUGUCAGAAACUGACAAGCCGUGUUAAGCGGAUAGAGUCAGCGUUGUCACCUCUUGAAAAGGCUGUGCUGUCACAGACAAGCCACAUUCAUUUUGCAUACACUGCAGGCUGUGAGUGGCAUCCUCGUAUAAGGAAUGGGCAAAGACAUUUUGUUCAGAGUGAUUUGCCACUUUGUGUUAUGGAAACAUAUGAACAGUGUAGAGAUCCUCCUCCUUUGCAUCUGCUUGACAGAUUUGACGCAGGUGGUCCUGGGUCCUGUCUGAGAAAAUACUCAGACCCAACAUUCUUUAGAAAGGAACUCGGCAACCAUAGUAAAGUAGAUGAUGUCAAGGCCCAGAAAGAUCAGGCGCAUCGCAAAAGAAAGAAAAAGAGGUUACCACAAAGAAACAUUUGCAGAUCACGUGCUGUGUCUACGUCCGAUGACACUAAUGGAGCUCGUCUCAGUUCUCUAACUGAUGACAUACCUACCACUUCUCAGAGUACUUCCACAGUUGACAUGCCCCGUAGCUCUAAUAUGCAGGAUUUAUCUGGCAGUAUAGACCAAUCUCAUUUGCAAGAGCAGUCAAAUUCGCAAGAACAAAGUGAAGCACAAGUACAAUCAGAUUUACAAGAGUCAUCGAGACCUCGUGAUUCUGUAACUGGUUCAGGUUAUAUAGAGUAUGUCAUCAAUCACAGUCCUGUGAAUAAGCCUGACGUGAAGCUAUUAGAGGGAUCUCUGCCUAGUUCCUUACAACCUGCGGAUAGAAUAGGUUCAACUGUUCCUCAAGGCCGCGUUGAAAUUGUAGAUGACAAUAUUCUAUAUAGUCCCUCAAAAGAGAUACCUGUGCCUUAUGCUUCUAUUGUUUGUGAUGAGAAGAAAGAAGCACUUGAAUCAAGGGCUGAGAAAAGUAACAAAGACGAAGAAGCGUCAGAGAUACACGAGCCAAAAAUUGGUCCAGGAACACCGGACAGAGUGAAGCAAAAUCAAAGGGACUUUGAUAGGACGUACGAUUUUUUCGACGUUGUGGGAGAAAAACAAAGUAAGAGCCAGGCCAACAGUAUUGAUGAAAAACCAAGAAUUGAGAGCGAAGAAGAAAAUACGAGUGAAGCAGAUGAGUUUGUAGAUGCACGUAAUACAAUUGAAUCUGAAUCAGAAAGUGAGUUUGAUGGAAUACCAAAACCAAAACUGGAGCACUAUUUUGGGGAUAUCAGCACUUACUGUUCUGAAGAUGCUAGCAGUGACAACAAUGGUGGAUCAGAAGAUAUACCAUAUGAAGAAAUGGUAGAAGAUCUACGCCAUGAAAACUCUCUAGAUGAAUCUUGUUCAGUUUCCUACCUUUCUGAUGAUGCAAGUGUUUCUUGUUGCCAGUCAGAUCCAGUGUGUGGGAAAGUUCUGUCUCAUGAUGGAACUUUUCAAAGCCCAAGGGAUUUUUCUGCCAUGCGUCCUUCAUUAUUGGCUGAAGCAGCUUUUCAGGAUGAAACAAUUUUGCGAGAACCUGUUGCCGCACAUCCCUUGUUGGCAGGAGAUUGUGCUAAUGAAAAGAUCUCAUCUGAAGAACGUAUUUCCUCAGGCAUGUCUCUGAAAGAUGCUAUUCCUGCUGAAAAGAUCUUGCCAGAAGAACAUUUGGCUAAAUAUCCAUCUCUUGCAGAAGCUGUUCCUCAUGAAAAGAGCUUGCCAGGAGAGUCUGUUGCCAAAUAUCCGUCUUUUGAAGAAAUUGCACCCUUUGAAAGGAUCUUGCCCGAAAGCUCUCUUUCCAAAAUUCGGUCUUUGGCAGAAGCUGUGCCUGACAAUAUGGCCCCAGCAGAAGAACGAGGUGCUGCUCAUCCAUCUUUUCCCAAAGCUGUUCAGGAAAAGAAAAUUUCACCAGAAGUUCUUGAUUCCACAAAUUUGUCUGGCACAGUGCCAGAAGCAGUUUCAGAAGAGCAAAUAUCAGUUGAAGGAUGUGUUGGUGUAUCUCCGUGUUUGGCAGAAGUUGUUCCUGAUGAAAGGUUCUUGACAGAAGAACCAGAAGAAGCUGCCACAGCAUGUAUGUCUUUGUCAAAGGUCAUGCCUGCAGAAAAAUUAUUCCCAGAAAAAACUUUGGAAGCGCCUCAGGAUUUGGCAGAAUUGCCUGAAGAAAAUAUCGUGCGAGAAAAAUCUGUUGAUUAUACACAUCCAUCUUGUGCCAAAGCUGUUUCUCCAAAAGAAAAUCUAUCACCACAAGUUCUUGAUUCCGCAAAUUUGUCCGUGGCAGAAGCUGUUUCACAUGAUCAGAUCAGACUUGAUGAAUCUGGUGGCAAAAAUCCGUGUUUGGCAGAAGCUGUUUCUGAUGAAAAUUUCUUGACAGGAGAACGAGAAGAAGCUGCCACCACAUGUACGACUUCGUCGAAAGUCAUGCCUGUCGAAAAGUUAUUGCCAGAAAAACCUUUAGAAGCGCAUCAUUAUUUGCCAGAAUUGCCUCAGGAAAAGAUCUUGCCAGAAAAAUCUGUUGGUUCUGCUCCUCCAGACGAAAAUCUAUCACCGGAAGUUCUUGAUUCAACAAAUGUGUCUGUGGCAGAAGCUGUUCCACAAGAGCAAAUCGGACUUGGAGAAUUUCUUGGCAUAGAUGCGUGUUUGGCGAAAGCUGUUCCUGAUGAAAGGGGUUUGCCAGAAGAACCUGUCACCACAUGUGUGUCUCUGACAAAAGCCGGGGCCAAUGAAAAGACCUUGCCAGAAGAGCCUUUGGAAACAUAUCCUUUGGCAGAAUUGCCUGAAGAAAAGAUUUCUCAUGAAGAAACUGAUGAUGCCACACAUCCAUUUGAAUCUGUUAUUGAUGAAGAAAGCUCACCAGAAGUUUCUUGUUUGUCUUUGGAAGAAGCUCUUCCACAAGAGCAAAUCUCACUUGAAGAAUUUGUUAGCAUAGAUCCAUGCUUGGCAAAAGCUGUUCCUGAUGAAUGGCUCUCGCCAGAAGAAGGUGUCACCACAUGCCUCUCUUUGAAAAAAGCUGCGACAAUAGAAGAAGUCUUGCCAGAAAAAUCUUUGGAAACAUAUUCCUUUUUCGCAGAAUUGCCGGAAGAAAAGAUUGUGCACGAAGAAGUUGAUGAUGCCACUCAUCCAUCUGUUUCUAAAUCUGUUAGUGAUGAAAAAAUAUUACCAGAAAUUCUUGAGUCCACAAAUUUUCCUGUUGCAACAGCUCUUCCGCAAGAGCAAACCUUGCUUGAAGAAUUUGUUGGCAAUCCAUAUCCGACCGAAGCUGUUGUUGAUAAGAGGGUUUUGCCAGAAGAACCUGUUACCACAUGUCUCUCUUUGAAAAAGGCUGCGACAGUUGAAGGAGUCUUGCCAGAAAAACCUUCGGAAACAUAUCCUUCUUUCGGAGAAUUUCCUGAUGAAAAGAUCGUGCUCCAAGAAGCUGAUGAUGCCACCCAUCUAUCUGUUUCUGAAGCUGUUGGUGAUGAAAAAAUCUCACCAGAAGUUCCUGAUUCCACAAAUUUCCCUGCUGCUGCAGCUCUUCCGCAGGAGCAAAUAGUAGAAGAAUUUGUUGGCAAUCCAUGUAUGACUGAAGCUGUUCCUGAUAAGAGGAUUUUGCCAAAAGAACCUGUCACUACAUGUCUCUCUUUGACAAGAGCUGCGACAAUUGAAGGAGCCUUGCCAGAAAAGCCUUUGGAAACAUAUCCUCCUUUCGCAGAAUUGCCUAAAGAAGAGAUCGUGUUCAAAGAAGCUGAUGAUGCCACCCAUCCAUCUGUUUCUGAAGCUAUUAGUGAUGAACAAAUCUCACCAGUGGUUCUUCAUUCCGAAAAGUUUCCUGCUGCAGAAGCUCCUCUGCAGGAGAAAAUCGUACUUGAAGAAUUUGCUGCCAAUCUUUGUCUGACAGAAGCUGUUCUUGAUAAGAGGGUUUUACCAGAAGAACCAGUCACUACAUGUCUCUCUUUGACAAAAGAUGCGACAAUUGAAGAAGUCUUACCAGAAAAACCUUUGGAAACAUAUUCUUCUAUCGCAGAAUUGCCUGAAGAAACUGUUGUGCAAGACGAAGCUGAUUAUACCACUCAUCCCUCUGUUUCUGGAGCUGGUAUCGAUGAAAAGUUCUCACCAGAAGUUCGUGAUUCAACAAUUUUUCCUGUUACAGCAGCUCUUCAGCAAGAGCAAAUCUUACUUGAAGAAUUUGUUGGCAAUCCAUAUCUGGCAGAAGCUGUUCCUGAUAGUAAGGUUUUGCCAGAAGAGCCUGUCACCACAGGUAUGUCUUUAACGAAACCGGAGCCUAUUCAAGAGCUUUUGCCAGAAGAAUCUUUAGAAGCGUAUGCUUCUUUGGAAAAAUCGUCUAAAGGUAAGAUCUCGCUAGAAAAAUCUGAUGAUGAGAUACAUCCAUCUUGUGCCGAAGCUGAAAGUGAUAAAAACGUGGUACCAGAUGUUCUUGAUUCCGAAAAUUUGUCCGUAUCCGAAGCUAUUACACAAGAGCAAAUUGAAAUUGAAGAAUUUGUUGGUGUAGAUCCUUGUUUUGCAGAAGCUGUUCCUGAUGAAAGGGUUUUGCCAGAAGAAGCUGUUUCUGAUGAAAUGAUUUUGCCAGAAGAAGCUGUCACCACAAGUUUGUCUUUGACAAAGGUAGCGCCCAUCGAAAAGAUCUUACCAGCAGGACUUUUGGAUAUGUAUCCUUCUUUGGAAGAAUUGCCAGAAGAGAGGAUCCCACAAGAAGAAGAACAUGAUGAUGACACACAUCCAUGUUUUUCUGAAGCUGUUGGUGAUGAAAAGAUCUCGCUACUGGAACAUCCUUGUUCCACAUAUCCAUCUUUGGAAGAGUCUGUUCCGCACGAGAAAAACUCAGAUGAAGAAAUUGUUGGCACAAACCCAUUUUUGGAACUAGCCGUUCCCAACGUAAGCAGUUUUCCAGACACACAUGGCAUUACGUAUCAGACUUCAGCAGAAGCUGUUUCUAAGGAAAAGAAGUUGCCAGAAGAAUCCUUACUUACAUAUCCGUCUUUGGCAGAAGAUCUUUUUGAUGAAAAGGCCUCAGGCUCAGAAGCUCCUGGUUACACAACAGAAGCUGGUCUACGCAACACUGAAGAACCUGUUGCCUCGGAUCUGUCAUUGACCGAAUCUAUUUUAGAUGAAGAGAUCCCCGGCUUAGAAGCUCCUGCUUCCACAACAGAAACUGGCCCACACAACAAAUCUUUCCCUGAAGAGACUGUUGCCACCUAUCUGUCUUUGGCAGAAGCUGUACCUGAAGAAAAGAUCUAUCUAGAAGAAACCGAUACCACAUGUCCACCGUCUGCAGAAGCUGUUUUUGAUGAAGAGAUCUCAGGCUCAGAAGCUCGUGGGGACACAACAGAAGCUGGUCCACACAACAAUGACGAACCUCUUACCACGGAUCUGUCAUUGACCGAAUCGAGUUUUGAUGAAAAGAUCCCCGGCUUAGAAGCUCCUGCUUCCACAACAGAAACUGAUCCACACGGCAAAACUUUCUCUGAAGAACCAGUUGCCACGUAUCUGUCCUUGCAAGAACCUGUUCGGGACGACAAAGUUCUGCCAAAAGAACCUGCCGCUGCAUUUCUGGAUUUGUCGGAAGGUAUUCCUGACCAACAAGUGUUUUUGGACGAUGCAGCAUUUUUAUCUUUUGCAGAAGCAAUUUUCGAUCAGAAGUUCUCACCAGAAGUUCCCGAUUCCAUGGAUCUUCCUGCAAAAAACACAUUGGAAAAAGAAGUUGAAACAUCUGAUGGUCCAAUUGUUGAACCAGUAAAUAUAUGGAGCAACGGGGGACUCCUUGGACUUGCGCCAUCUAAACCGCCAGUUUUUGCUGAGCCUAAGUCUGUAAGCGAACAUAUACAGAACGAGUUCAACGAAGCUAGUGUUAUUGCUACAAAGAAGCAGGGAUCAUCGAGCAGAUCAGUUGAAGAUACUGAGAAGAGUUCACUUCCUUUAGUUGUUUCAGAUCUCACGUCACAACAACAAAGCAACAUGUUGAGUCAUUCUAAUGGAUCUCUUUCCCCUCUGCAGAGCACUGCAACAUCAUUCAAAGUCUUUGGCUUAAGUCAUAGGUUACUCAUGGCUGGGUUUCGUGGAAACACUUCCUCAACCUACAAGUUUGAAUCCAUACCUACUACCAGCUAUGAUACCAAAGCAGCAGCUAUCGAAGACAAGACUCAACAAACUCCUCCCCGUGGCCCUAGCUUUGAGGAACAAUUGGCUUAUGAAUCAUCUCUCUUUGGCUCGCCUACUUCAUCACCACCGGUGGAACACAUGAAAAUAUCAUUCAGUCCGAUAGAUCCAUCCCCAGUUUCCAAAUUGAAACUGAGAAUCCCAUGCCAACCUCAGUACAACGGUGAAAAUGUGGAUACUCUCCCUUCUUUUCAGUUGGUCCCAGAGGCUAGCAACUCCGAUAAUGAGGACGAAAACAGCGACAUCUUUUGUCAGUCAUCCCCUGGUGUUUCAGACAAUUGCUUGUCGGAUUCUGAGCUGUGGGAAUCUGAUGAAAGCCCUAGAGAAUCUGCAUCAAGCUUGAAGCAAGGUGGAGAGAGAAGUACACAUGGCGACAUGGGUUCUUUUUCCAGUUUGUUUCUUGAUCUGCCAUGUUACGACUCUGUAGAUCAUCACUCCACCUCGCCAAGACUAGAUCAAGAGCAAGAGCGAGAACAAGUUCCAGAAUAUAAACCUUCUGUUUCAGAGAUCAUCCGUGAUUGGCCACCAAACCAACCAAACGCAAACGCUUCUCCGAAGAAGACUCAAACUUAAUCCGUCAGGUUAUAGCUCCAGAUGACGAUGGUGAAAGAUAAAAGGAAUUAUAAUUUGAUUCGUUGUACAUUCCUAUCCGUGAAUCGGUGAUCCCAAAUCUCAUUUCAUGUAAUACAAAAACGAAUCACUAUUUUAUAUAUCAGAAAUUUAAAUUGAUGCUCGGGAAAAUAUGAAUAAUUAUUUUAAUUACGGCA